AUGACACCCCCGCCAUCUGUAACCACCCCAAACCCGGCCAGGGGCUGGGGCACCUGGUGUGGGUUAAAACCGAACCCUAACGGUGUCGUGCUUCGGAGCGCGCUGCCAGCGGAGCCGUGGCCCAGGAGCCAGCGGGGCUCGGCGUCGCGGGGCUCCUGCGGAGGCCGGGCGGGCUUUGUGCCAGAGGCAUGUGCAGUCACUGCCGAUGGUGCUGCCCAAGAGGUGGACUUGCAGGCCGUGCUGGCUGGCAGCGGGAUGGGGAUGCACCUGGGUAUCGCAACACGCCAGCAUCUCUUCCCAAAAAGUUUUUGCUGGUGUGGGAUGUCUAGUCCGGCUUUGGAUAAAGAAGCACAGAGCUUUCCAGAAAUCACCAAGCGUGUGUUCUUUGAUGUGAAGAUUGGAGACAAAGAUGUUGGCAGAAUUGUAAUUGGAUUGUUUGGAAAAGUUGUCCCAAAGACUGUGGAGAACUUCAUUGUGCUGGCAACUGGAGAAAGAGGAAAUGAAUAAAAAGGAAGUAAAUUUCAUCGUGUGAUCAAAGACUUCAUGAUUCAAGGAGGAGACUUUACAGCUGGAGAUGGAUCAGGAGGAAGAAGCAUCUAUGGAGAAAGGUUUCCAGAUGAGAACUUCAAGCUCAAACACUAUGGAAUUGGAUGGGUUAGCAUGGCUAAUUCUGGCCCAGACACCAACGGAUCCCAGUUCUUCAUCAGUGUGACAAAGCCUUCCUGGUUAGAUGGAAAACAUGUAGUAUUUGGCAAAGUCCUUGAUGGAAUGUCUGUGGUGCACUCUAUAGAACUCCAGCAGACAGAUGAACAUGACCGGCCCCUUCAAGACUGUGUGAUUGUGAACAGUGGCAAAAUAGCUGUAAAAGAACCAUUUGUAGUUGAAGUAGGUGACUGGUGA